CUUAUCUCGAGCACUUCGGCAUCACAUGACACUGAUUGAACAUGGCUUCAGUUCAGUGGUACUCUCGGGGCCGUAAAUAUGAGAGUGAAUGGCAUGGGUGUCAGUUGGAGAGUUCACCAGUGGAGUUCAAUGACUAUCAUCCACUCAAAGCCAUCACGGUGACAGAUUCUAAAUCUCGGCGUGGGGGGCGGAAAGGCAGCACCUCCUCUACAUCUUCUUCCUCUAGUUCUGUGGCUCUGGAUCCACUCAGCUCUAUGCUGGAUGGGACCGACCCACUGUCUCUCUUCGCUGCGGCAUCUGAGACCCCAACUCUCCCACACAGCAUCUCUGCUGGGGAGUUGGGGCGGAAACGGCAGGAGAAAGAGGAGGAAGUGGGCUUAGACUUUGAGCCGUGGUCAUCUAAACGUGGAGAGAUUCUGUCUAGAUUCACCACCACAGAGAAACUGUCUAUUAACCUCUUCAUGGGCUCAGACAAGAGUAAAGCAUCCAGCCCUAGCUCAGCCGUGUCAGAGAAGGUGCGCACUCGUCUGGAGGAGCUGGAUGACCUAGAGGAGGGCUCACAGAGGGAGCUGUUGAACCUGUCCCAGCAGGACUAUGUGAACCGCAUUGAAGAGCUCAACCAGUCUCUGAAGGAGGCCUGGGGUUCAGACCAGAAAGUCAAAGCCUUGAAAAUCGUCAUCCAGUGCUCUAAGCUGCUCUCUGAUACAUCAGUUAUUCAGUUCUAUCCCAGCAAGUUUGUUCUCAUCACAGAUAUCCUGGACACAUUUGGUGGUCUGGUGUAUGACAGGAUCUUGGCCAUGUGUGCUGACCCUCAUCCUUUACCAGAAUCAUUCUCCGCUGAUGAAGUGAAUGACACAGCCAAAGAGACAUGUCUCAACUGGUUCUUUAAAAUCGCCUCCAUCAGAGAGCUUGUCCCUCGAUUAUAUGUUGAAGCUGCUCUUCUGAAAUGCAACCUCUUCUUGACGAAGUCUGGGAUUCAGGAGACGCUGCAGAGACUGACAGCGAUGAUCCGAGGAAUAGGAGAUCCGCUGGUGGCUGUAUAUGCACGGGCAUAUCUAUGCAGGGUGAGAAGAAUAAAGCUCUCGGAUCGUAUUUUUUUGUGUGUAGUUUUGCAAGUGAUGGGAGAAACAAAGCUUUUCUUAGCUAACUGA